AUAGCAUACAAGUGCUCAAAGAUAAAUCACUCAUUACCACAGAUCCCUGGGGAUUCAUACGUAUGCAUAGGUUGCUAGUGGAUUUGGGCAGGUGUAUUGUUAGGGAAGAAUCACCUAAAGAGCCUAUAAAGUGGAGUAGGUUGUGGACACGCAAAGAUCUCCAUGAUGCUAUGUCAGAGAACGAGGCAACUCGAAACCUUGAGGCAAUAGUUAUUAAAUGGGACGAUGUUAUAGAUGAAACAAUCAAGGCGGAUGGUCUAUCAAAAAUUAAACACCUGAAAUUGCUUUCUGUUCGGUACGUGAACUUUUCGGGAAGUCUCAGUCAUCUUUCGAAUGAACUAGGAUAUCUUAUUUGGAAGAGAUAUCCGUUUGAGUGUUUGCCUCAAAGUUUUCAGCCACACAAACUAGUUGAGUUAAGCCUGUAUCAGAGCAGUAUUAAACGACUGUGGGAAGGCACAAAGCCGUUACCCAAUUUGAAGCGUUUGGAUCUCUCUUUUUGCGAAAGUUUAGUUGAGAUGCCAGAUGUAGCAGAGGCCCUAAAUCUUGAAGAGAUAAAUCUUGAAGGAUGCGUAAAGCUCCAAAAACUCAAUCCAUCGAUUGGGAGUCUGAGAGAGCUUGUUCAUUUGAAUUUGAGAGACUGCAAAAAAGUAGUAAUCUUAUCCAAUACUAUAUUGGGCCUGAGUUCUCUUAAAUAUCUGGAUGUCAGUGGUUGUUCAAUAAUAGGUAGUAAUUGUUUACUAGAUGAAACAAGGAACACAGAGCACUUGAUCAGCUGUUUGUCGCCCUCCUCUCUUUUCCCUUGUUUGCGUGAACUCGAUCUAAGCUUCUGUAACUUAGUUCAAAUUCCUGAUUACAUUGGAAAGUUACGUUGCUUAGAGAGGCUAAAUUUAGAGGGAAACAAUUUUGUUAAAUUGCCUAACAUCAAGGACCUUUUGAGACUGCGUUUUUUAAACCUACAGGAUUGCAAGCGAUUGAAAUACUUGCCUGAUCUCCCUUCACGAACUGUCUUGCCCUUAGAACCUUUCACGCUGUCGAGAUUCCCAUCUUCAAUACUUGAUUGGCCUGAUUUUUUGACUGAGAAAGAUACAGAUAUUAGAUUUGCAGGAUUAAUCAUUUUCGGCUGCCCAGAAUUAGUUGAGAUUGAACAGUGCACUACAAAGAGUUUUUCAUGGGCAAUUCAAAUUCUUGAGGCGAACUACCACCACGCGACCUACCACCAGACGACCUACCAAUGGCCAUUCCCAGAAAGUAUUAUACCUGGAAGUCAAAUACCGAGCUUGUUCAACAAUGAGUUUGUGAACGUGGACAUAGAAUACCUGGACAAAGAAAACAUAACCGUUGAUCCACCUCCCAUUCCGCAUGACAAUAAUUUUAUUGGUGUUUUGUGUUGCCUAAUAUUUCGUCUAGACAAUGAACAAAUUCCAAUGGAUUUUAGAAGAGAUCACAUGUGGUUACAUUAUGAAAAGGUUUCUGUGGACGAACGUGGUAUUAAACCUUUUAGUUUGUGUUGGACGUCGAUUAUCUCAUUGUUGGAUUACGACGAUUUUGUUACGGCGGAUGUGAAGAAAUUUCAGUAUCGCUGGGUAAAUGAACAAGACCUAAUUAACCUCAAAAUGAUGCAUUGUGCAAAUUUGACAGCUCGGAAGCGCAAGAUUUCUGUAAUUGAGGAAAACGGUUAGGUACCGUAUUUAAGUUGCAACCCAUCACAGUGAAGAAUUGAAGACUUUAUUGAACGUGGAAUGUGGAAGUAUGAUUUGCUACCAUCUAACCAGAGAGGCACAGUAGAAGCAGAAGUAGCACUGAGUCAUUUCAAAUUUUCCCUUGAAUAGGCACACAAUUUCUCUCUCUUCUCAGAUAUCGUAUUGUUUAUUGUAAAUCUACUCGUUUUAAAAUUAAAAG